AUGGUUAACACCACGACUACAGCGGGCCUCAUCAGUGUCGUUCUUCUGGUUCGCCAAGGCGAUAUAACAGAAUACUACCAAAACCUCAAUACGUUCAACGCUACUCAAGCAUACAUAACUCCCCUUGAAUCGCAACGAGAAUUCGAACUCGGGCGCUUCCUUCGUAAUAUAUACCUCAACCCCGUUCGUGCAGAUGCUGGUGGAGCAGAUGUUGUCUUUGGCUCCGCGUAUGCUCUGCUUCAGGGUCUAUAUCCGUCCACAAAGAAGUCAGAAAUGACCUUGGGGAAUGGGCAAACGUGCAAUCUUUGGAGUUUUGGCAAGCUCCUUCUCUUACGAGCUGGAUGGAUUGCGAAUGCAUCUGCAUUCAAAAACAUGACCAUCGCAGUCGAGCCCUUCCUUACUGCCCCAAAACCUUACUUGGGGAGCGUCAGUGACGACUUGACGAACAUAAUAUAUGACCAUGUGAACGUCCAGUAUGCCCAUAACAAGGCCUGUUAUAAAACCCUGCCUGCGACUUUCCUGGAACAGGCUCGCCAUUAUGCUAAUUGCGUCCAAAACAAUGUCUUCACCGAUUCUUAUGGCAUCGGCACAAUUGCCAUUCGCACUCUUUUCCCGGAGAUCUUCUGGGCCUUGGGUAACAUGACCCAACCUUCUAACAAAGUCAAGAUUUCUAUUCAGGAUGUCGACUACCAGCCAUUCAUCAGUUUGUUCAACGUGACAAACGCUAUCAUGACUGUUCCUGACAUUGCUGGUAUCGACAGCGAGUUCCGUCAGCUCAAAAUGUUUGGCAACACGAGCAUCGCCCUCAACAGUUCCAUUCACCAUCUUGCUUGGACCGCAAUCAAUUCAACUAUCAACUGGUGCUUUGCGUGCAAUCAGACUGUUCUGCGCGGAUGCUCUGACUUUGACUAUGGCAACGAUCCCUUCUUGCACCCUGGCACCUAGAUGUCGUAAAAUUAUCUGGUGUCUUUUAGUUUGCUGUGAUUUAAUUGAAUCAUUUUCGUGAUUCA